AUGAGGUCGGGCUCGGAGGGCAGCGGGGAGGGCGAGGGGUUCUCCAGCCUGCGGGCCUUCGCCCACAGCUCCUCGCUGCACGGCAUCAGCCACGUCUUCGCCUACGGGGCCGUGUCGCUGCGCCGCGUGCUGUGGGGCGCUUUCUUCCUGGGCUCACUGGGGCUGCUGCUGCUGGUGUGCGCCGAGCGUGUCGCCUACUUCCUCACCUACCCCCACGUCACCAAGCUGGACGAGGUGGCUGCCCACAACCUCACCUUCCCGGCCAUCACCAUCUGCAACCUCAACGAGUUCCGCUUCUCCAAGAUCACCCGCAACGACAUGUACCACGUGGGCGAGCUGCUGGCACUGCUCAACGACCGCUACGAGAUCAGCAACCCGCAGCUGGCCGAGCCCCACGUGCUGGCCGCCCUGCGUGACAAGGCCAACUUCAAGAACUUCAAGGCGAAGCCCUUCAGCAUGGCUGAGUUCUACAACCGCACGGGUCAUGACCUGUCCGACAUGCUGCUGCAGUGCUCCUUCCGCGGCGUCAACUGCACCGCACACAACUUCACCGUGAUCUUCACGCGCCUCGGCAAGUGUUACACCUUCAACUCGGGGGGCCCGGGCCGGGAGGUGCUGACCACGCUGCAGGGCGGCGCGGGGAACGGCCUGGAGCUGAUGCUCAACGUGCAGCAGGAGGAAUACCUGCCUGUCUGGGGGGACACGGAUGAGACCUCCUACGAGGCAGGGGUGAAGGUGCAGAUCCACAGCCAGGAGGAGCCCCCCUUCAUUGACCAGCUGGGCUUUGGUGUAGCACCCGGCUUCCAGACCUUCGUGUCCUGCCAGCAGCAGCGGCUGGUGUACCUGCCCCCGCCGUGGGGGGACUGCAAGGCCACCCCCAUCGAGUCCGACUUCUUCACCAACUACAGCAUCACCGCCUGCCGCCUGGACUGCGAGACCCGCUACCUGGCCGAGAACUGCAACUGCCGCAUGGUGCACAUGCCGGGCAACGCCAACGUCUGCACCCCGGAGCAGUACAAGGAGUGCGCUGACCCCGCACUGGACUUCCUGGUGAAGAAGGACAGCGAUUACUGUGCCUGCCGCACACCCUGCGCCAUGGUGCGCUAUGGCAAAGAGCUCUCCAUGGUGAAGAUCCCCAGCAAGGCCUCCGCCAGGUACCUGGCCAAGAAGUUCAACAAGACGGAGCAGUACAUCGCGGACAACGUGCUGGUGCUGGACAUCUUCUUUGAGGCCCUGAACUAUGAGAUGAUCGAGCAGAAGAAGGCGUACGAGGUGGCUGGGCUGCUGGGUGAUAUCGGGGGGCAGAUGGGGCUCUUCAUCGGCGCCAGCCUCCUCACCAUCCUGGAGAUCUUUGACUACCUGUACGAGGUCUUCCGGGACAAACUCCUCAGCUUUUACAAGGAGAAGAAGAAGACCCCCAGGAGUGACAGCAGCACCCUGGAGCACCCAGCAGUCCCGGGCAGUCCCGCUGUCCCGCUCCCUCCGGGGCCCAGGGCGCCUGUGCCCCCCUGCGCUGCCACACGGACAGUCUCACCUUCGCCCCGAACAUGCUACCUCGUCACCCGGCUCUAGGCCCCUUCGAGGAGUUCGCCUGCUGACGGCCUGGCCCCGCACCCCCGGCCGGGACGGGGGACUGGGGGGGUCCCCACUGCCACUGGGGCACCCCACGGGGCUGCGGGGCUGGCUCCGGGCCCACGGCUGCUCCCCCCACGAAGGGCUUG